AAAUGGCAUUUUGCAAUGGAAAAAAACAUUUAAUUGGAAAAAGUUUGAACCAGCUCUAAUUAUAAUGUAUACAUGAAAGGAGGGUGAAUUAAAGUUGUACAGGCAACCUUAAUUUUGGUAUUUUCUAACUUCAGAGUGCUUGACUUCGAACCUUAAUAAUGUUCUUUUAAAAUAGUUCUGUUGUGUGUCAUUUUUAAAAAGCAAACUGAAAAAAAAAACCAGAAAUUCCAUCAUGUGGCAUCAUACUGACACCCAGAUGGAUUUUAGCAGGGUUGGAACCUUUAGAUCCAGCUCACAGACCUCUGCUGCUUGAGCUAAUGGAAUAACUGAUAGCAGUAGUAGGUUGUUAUCCUCUCUAUGGACCAGCACUAGAGGAGGCAAGGACACUCUGCUUUUGGGUUUUACAGAUAUUUGCUGGCAGAAGAAUGGUGAUUUUGAGUUUCAUUCUAGGCUCUGGAGGGGAGUGUGCUCUAGUAGGCACAUAAUCUUCUGCCCGUCUCCCCCACCCCAGCAUGACUUCUGCCCCAUUUUCCUCAUCUAGCCAGUCCCACUCUCCACUUCUCAGGCUUUGCAUCCCAGUCACAGUCUUCUAGACAAGGAAGUUCUAGUCUCACCUCUCCAGACUCCCCAUCCAGUACUAGUCUCCUUGCCCAGCUAUUCCUAGUUUCCCCAUCCUGGCGCCUCCUCUGAUGUGUUCUCUCCCACAUCCUGCCUCUGGUCAUGCCUUCCUAUCCCACAUUCUUUGUCCCCACUGGAUCCCAGUCCCAGUCUCCCUUACUGGGCUCAUCAUCCAAUCUUUGCCCACCUAAUUUUCCCAGUCUCCUUGCUCAGCCAGUCCCACUACCAUCUAAACUCCAAGUCCCAAUUCCCCUCAUCACCCAGUUAGGCUCCAGCCCUACCCCUACCCCAAGGCUCCUUGUCCCAAUCUACUUCCCCCACCUUCCCAGUAGGUUUUUUGUUUCUUCCUUCUGCAUUCGAAUGCAGCAGCUUCCUCCUCUUUUGUUCCCUGAACCAAGCGUGGGGAGGAGGAGGUUAUUGAGGUACAGUAGAAAAGAGUAGGAGAGACACAGGUCCCCUGCUCUCUAUUCAGUGCCCAGACCUGGCACGGUUUGCAGCAGGCCAGAGUUGCAAUUACAGGUAAAGUCCUGCUCCACGCUGAGCUGUAGCAUGCUCAGUGUGUACAGAAUCUAAGAAGUCUCUACUGAGCAUGUGUGAAGUACAGUUUUUCAAAAGCCUUAUAACUUGGCCAGAUUUGGUUGGAUUUUUACAGAGAUGGCAAAAGGAAUAUCCCUGACACCAAGGCCCCCUCCUGCUGAAUUUCAAGUCCCUUCUUCAAAGCAUGGGGUAGCUAGAGCUUUUCAAACAGAACAUCACCAGCAUUUUUAAUAUGGGUAAAACAAUGUAUUUUCCCCUAGUCUUGUUCUCAGAAAUGGUGGAACCAUUUUAGCUGAAAUUUUCCAAAAAGAAAUUCAGCCAGAGGCAGACACCCAGCAUGGAAAAUUUCAGGUUUGACAAAUUUAUAAGCAAUUGAAAACAGGGUCUUAUAAUGGGAAGUGUUGGACAAUCUUAGGUGGGACUGGUAUCACAUAAAAAGAGCUGGUAAGGGGAGGCUCGAUGGGUCAAGUUUCACUUCUGAAUCCAACUGGGAUUGGUAAAUGACUGAAAGUAAAUCGAUUGGUGGUUUCUGUAUAGUAGACAGGGGACCAGAUCCCCAAAAGUCCUUCCUUAGUCACCUUAGUUGGCAUUAAUUGGCACCUGCGGGCAGUCUACACAGAAAGAUCAAGAACUCAGUGGCUAUGAAGUGUGAUGUGCUCUCAUUCUAGAAGUGGUCCCUCAGAGUAUGGCUGAGGCACAGUGGCAGGGCAGUGUGGAAAGGCUGCUCUACUGUGCCCCUGCUGGACCUUUCUUUAGUUCUUCAAUACUAAAGAAAUACUAAAUUUCAACAAUACUAAUUCACUUGAAAAAUAACCCAAAACCUCAAAGAACUAGUCAUCAGUUUAGGAAAUUUUUAAAAUAAAUGUCUUAAAUACCCUAAAUAUGUCUCUAGUGAAGAAAGAUAUUACAUUUAUUUUUUUAAAAUUAGAGAUGGGGCUGAACUAAAGUCCUAUAUCCAAACCAUAAACUUGGAUUUGAAGUCACAGCUUGAACUUCUUUCUAGAAAGGACUGAAUCCAAGCACCUUGAACUUUGAUUUAGACCCAGAUUUCAACCCCACCUUAUUCUCCAUGUUUGGGAAUAUUGAGAUCCGUCAUUUUAGGAUAUGUCUAUACUAUGAUUUAAAAAAACCCAUGGCCCUGAGUCUCUGAACCUGGACUCUAGCCCAGCAGUUCUCAAACUUCAUUGCACUGCGACCCCCUUCUGACAACAAAAAUGACUACACAACACUAGGAGCAGGGGCCUGAGCCUGCUCGAGCCCUCCUGCCCCGAGUGGGUGGGCCCAAGCCCAAGGGCUCCGGCCCGAAGCAGAGGGCCUGUAACUUGAGCCCUGCUGCCCAGGGCUGAAGCCCUUGGGCUUCAGCCCCAGGCAGUGGGGCUCGGGCUUCAGUCUCGGGCCCCAGCAAGUCUAAGCCAGCCCUGGUGACCCCAUUGAAAUUGGAUCGUGACCCACUUUGAGAUCCCGACCAACAGUUUGAGAACCGCUGCUCUAGCCUGAGCCCAAACGUCUAAACUGCAAUUUAAUAGCCCCCGAGCCAGUUGCAGCUGUGCUGUGGGUCUUUUAUUGCAGUAUGAGCAUACCCUUAGGGGCCAAACCAAUGCUCUUUGACAUUAAUGAGAGUCUUUCUAUUACUGAUUUCAGUGGGCAUUGGAUUGGGCCUUUAGUUCUGCCUAUUCAUUAGGUACACAGGUCAGAGCUAGAGUUUUGGUUCAGGUCCACUUUUUGUUUCCUCAGAGAAAGUAUAUAUUUAAACAUUAAAAACCAGCUUCUGCAAAAUAUUACUUGUUUAAGAUCUACUAUCCCUUUAUUGCAUUCAUAUUAGACUAUGCAAAAGAAUUUAAGGAUGCAGAAGGUUAUGCUUGAGUUGCCUUGGCAGAGUAGACUGCAUAGGCCCUGCUUUAUCCUCUGAAUCACUCCAGUCAAUUCCAUCAUUAUUCUGUGUUAAUUCAUACUGAAAAAAUCCAUCCUCAAUGUGUCCUCAGUUAACGUGGUAUCUUGUGUAAAGGAAAUAAAUAAUUAUUUUUUCAACUCUUAGGGGAAAGUUAUCACUUUAGAAAACAACCUGUCAUUUAAAAUUCUUUUUUUAAUUUAUGUCUGCUGUUUGGAUUUAAUUACAAUUUAAAACAUGUGCCGUGCUAAGUAAUAAAUACAGCAAUAUAGCCACAUUCUAUUUCAAAUUAAAAUGCACAAAUUUAAUGACUCUUCUGCUAAGAGCAAUUAAUCAUGAAUUCUUUCUAGUCUUUAUAAGGGCAACACUUAAUCAAGCAUACAAAUUACUAGUGUCCAUCCUUCAGAGAAAUGAACUGUGUUAAAAUUCAAGCAAACAUUUUCCGACUGUUCAUACAAAGGGUUGCAUAAGACAGUCAUUGUGUUGCCACAAAACUUUCCCCAUGAUUUGCUGCUGAUCAGCAUAUACUUCACCUCUUUUCCUCCAAUUAAAAAUUGCAAACAGAAAAGCUUUCCAGCACUAACAGACCCACGUGUCUCCUCAUAGAUGUGGAAAGUCACAUGUUUCAGGAAUGGCCAGACACCCCACUCUGGUACAGUAUAAAAGCAAUGUUAGUCAUUGUCUCUCAUUUUUAAUAGCUCUCCUUUCAUGGUUCUAAUUUUGCCAUUAGGAACUAAACAUUACAGGAACUUUCCUUUUAGCAUAGUGUAACCAAUAAAGAUGGAUCUCCUUCAUAGUAAUGGUGUGCUUAUAAUUCAGCAUUUACAGAAGGAUUACAGGUCUUACCAGGAUUUUCUAAAUUUCAUGUCACAAGUAGGAGAUCCCCGGAAUAUAUUUUUAAUAUAUUUUCCUCUUUGGUUCCAACUUAACCAAGUGGUUGGUACUAAAAUGAUAUGGGUGGCAGUCAUUGGAGAUUGGUUCAACCUCAUAUUUAAAUGGAUUUUAUUUGGCCAUCGUCCAUAUUGGUGGGUCCAAGAAACAAUGAUCUAUCCCAAUCAAUCGAGCCCAUGUCUUGAACAAUUUCCUAUAACAUGUGAAACUGGGCCAGGAAGCCCAUCUGGCCAUGCCAUGGGCUCUUCUUAUGUCUGGUAUGUAAUGGUAACAGCAGCACUUAGCUACACGAUGAGGUGGAAAGAUGAAUCUGCAAUUACACUGCACAGACUUACCUGGUCAUUCCUCUGGAGUGUGUUUUGGAUUAUUCAGAUCAGUGUGUGUGUCUCUAGAGUAUUCAUAGCCACACAUUUCCCACAUCAAGUUAUUCUUGGAGUAAUUGGUGGAAUGCUUGUUGCUGAAGCAUUUGAACAUACCCCUGCUAUCCAGACAGCGAACUUGAGAACGUACAUCAAGACAAAUUUGUUUCUAUUCAUCUUUGCUCUUGGCUUUUAUCUGCUUCUCAAACUUAUUGAUGUUGAUCUUCUAUGGUCCGUUCCAAAGGCAAAGAAAUGGUGUGCCAAUCCAGACUGGAUAAACAUUGACACAACUCCGUUCGCUGGACUGGUGAGAAAUUUAGGUGCACUCUUUGGGUUAGGUCUUGGCAUUAAUUCUGAAAUGUUCAUCAUGAGCUGUAAAGGUACAAAUGGAUAUAAGAUGAGUUUCAGACUACUGUGCAUAGCUGCUUCUUUAGUUACCUUGCAGCUGUUUGAUUUUAUCAAGUUACCCACACAUACUGAGUAUUUGUUUUAUGUUCUUUCUUUUUGUAAAAGUGCAGCCAUACCUCUUACUGUAGUUGCCUUGAUUCCGUACUGCAUGCACUUGUUAAUGAGGCCAACUGAAAAGAAGUUAAAUUAGAUGAACUUUAAAAUGUGGGUGCAUUUAGAUACAGGUGGUGUUCUGUGACCCACUACAUAGGUAAUUAUUUUGGUACUCCAUUCUGAACAGUGGUGGGUGUCACUGUGUGUUUGAUGUGCUCCCGGUAAAUCCCAUGCCCAAAGGCAGUACAUCCAGGAAUGACACUGUCAUGUCAGAACCACUGAUUGGCUUGCAUUUUGACUUCAUUCCCAGAAGUACUGCAAGGAUUGACAAUGCAGUAUGGCUGCCUAACACCACUGCGGGUAUACACAUGUUUUGAUGCGUGUUGGGAUUAGCCACAGUUUGUAGAUUUUCUAGUUCUUGUACACUUUCAGUUGGAUGGUGCUUCAUCUCCCAUAUCAUCAUUUCAUUCCACUUUCCAUUUUAUAUAUAUAUAAAUGCUGCAUGUUAAUCUGCUGGAAAAUUAGGUGUGAAAAAAUCACACUAACUCAACCACAUGAAUACAGCCAUGUAGUGUGGUGAAGUUCUGUAUAGUUUGCCAAACUUUAGAUUUAACUUAGUGUUUUCUGAGCGAAGCAUCUUCUGAAUCAGGAAAGAAGAAGAAAAUAUUUUUAAAAAGAUUAGUCUGAAAUAAUUUAAUUUCAGUCCACUUGAUUCUAUUUCUAGGGCUAUUGACAGAGCAGAUAACUUUGUAUUGAUAUGUUGCUUUUUGUAUUUUUCUUUCAAAAAUAACUAAAUGCAAAAUCUUGAAAUGAAAAGGCAAUAAAUUCUAUUUACUAAAACUAC